CAGAUGAAAAGGAAAGGCCCAGGAUGGAGGAUUUCAGGCGAAUGUACCUGCGUCUGUGUAAGGAGGGAGGUGUGGAGCCCCAGGAGAGUGUUAUAGCUCAGCUCCAGGAAAGCAGAGCUGCCCACAGCUCCAAACUGGACCUGAGUGGACAGAGCCUGUCUCUGGACACCUGCUCGAUGCUGGCCAGGGCCUUCCAAAAUGAUAUCCUCAUCACAGAGGUGACGCUCAGUGACUGUAUGCUCAGCGAGGAAGGUGCCAAAAUCCUUCUGACCGGCCUGUUUGAGAGCACAACUGUGAAAACCCUGGAUCUGAAGGGAAAUAAUCUGAGAUCUGCCGGGGCUGAGGCAUUGGGAAAUUUGUUGGCACGCAACAAGACUCUACACAGGCUGGUUUUGGAGUGGAAUGCGUUGGGCGUGUGGGAUGAGGCCUUCUCGCUCCUCUGUGAUGGUUUGGCCUCCAACAACGCACUGAGGCAGCUGGACCUGCGCAACAAUCAGAUCAGUCACCGUGGGGCGUCCGAGCUCGCUAUGGCACUCAAACACAACACCACACUGGAAGUGCUAGACCUGAGGUGGAACAACAUUGGUCUAAUGGGUGGCAGGAACCUGGUAGAGGCUUUGCAGAAAAACAAGAGCAUCAUGCAACUGGAGCUGGCAGGAAACAAUAUUCCCAGUGACACUCUCAAAGCAAUUGAGCAGGCUAUAAGCCACAACUCAGACAGACAGUCCACCAUGAGAGUCAGCCACAGGAAAACCCAGGUCCUUACCAAAGAGAUCCAGACACUGAAGGACACGAAGAACCACCAGUUUUUGAGCCUGAUGGGAACCAUAGACAGACAACAGGAAGAGAUUGGACGCUCCAACAGGUCCACUUCCAUUCAGAUAGGCCAACUCCAGGAAGCUCUGAAUGAGAGGAAGUCGGUCGUGAACUCUCUCACUGCCAAACUGCAGAUGACAGAGGCGGCCCUCGCCCUCUCUGAGCAGAAAAAUCACAGCCUGGGAGAACUGCUGACUCAAAUGAAAGGAGAGAAAGAAGAACAGAGCGAGCGUCAGAGUAAAGACAGGAAGAAAGAGCAGGAGGACAAUGUGCUGAGAGAAGGAAAACUCCUCAGAGAGAUCCAAAACCUGAAAGAAACCAACGUCCAACUCACAAAUAAAGUUGAGGAGAUGGAGCGAAGGUGUAAGUCUCAACAAAACCAGAUCUUUGAGCUAAAACAAGAACUGACCAACAGAACAGCUGAGCUCAAAAUGCGACUCACACAAGCAGAAGACCGCCUGGAAGCAGACAAACGACGCUCCAAACUAGCCCUGGGGGACAUGGACAGUCUGCGACACAAAGAGGUGGAGCACAUGAAAAGCCAUCUAGAAGAGAGCGAGAAGACUCUGCAGGAACGAAUCUUCAAACUGGAGGGACAGCGAAUACAACUGGAGGAGGAGCUGAGUAAAGCUAAAGCAGCGUGUGUCACAGAAAGAGCCCAGGCAGAGGAGGAACUGGGAAGAGUGCGAGCACACGUUCGUCUGGAAGAGCAGGAACACGUGUCGGUGUUGGAGGAGAAGCUUCGCUUGGCGCGCACCUCCCUGCAGGAGGUCCAGCUCCACUACUCCCAGCAGAAGCAGAGCGUCACCGAGCUGCAGGCCAAGAACAGCCAGCAGAGCAUCGAGAUGGACGGACUGCGGCGCAGGAUAGAUGAGCUCCAGCUGGAGCUUUCGGGGAAAGAGCAGGAGAAAGUGGCGGAGGUGAGCCGGGUCAGGGUGGAGCUGCAGGAGCAGAUUGGACACUUAGAGGCUGAAAGAACAGCACAGGAAGGACUGAGAGAGAAGAUCCAUGCUCUGGAGAGAGAGAUUAAAGUACUGAGCAGCAACCACAGAGAGGCACUACUUGACAAAGAGAGCCAGAUGUCCUCCAUGCUGGAGAAAUUGCGCCUGAAGGAGGCAGAGAUCCAGAGGAUGAGGGAGGAUGAAGCUGCCAGAGCCAGUUACCUGCAGAGUGCCUUCCUCACCUACGUUCAGGGCUCACCCCUGGGAAACUACAGCAGCCCAAAGAAAUGACCCAGAGGCCUCAGCACCUUUGCUGUGAGGUGUUGGCUCAGGUUCUGCUCAGGACAGGAGAUUCUGAAGACUUCUGGAGAUAACUGGUGCUGGUUAAUGUGACUACUAGGAAAACACCAAAAUGUGCAGCAACAACCAAUAAAUUAAGGGGAUGGGAUGUUUGACUUAGAGAUGGUGCUUUUUCUGUGUUCUCUCCAAAGCCAAAACCCACAACCGGUUUGCUCUAGAGGAUAUCACGGUUUUCAAGUCUGAAGGUCUGAAAAUAAAUUAUUGACCAAACAGCAGACUGGCAGGAACAUUUUUAGCAUAUAUUUAUAUUUUUUCAGGAUUUUAAUGGAUAUUUGUUGUACAGUUGUGCUUUGUUGUUGAUUACAGGCGUUUUUACAUCAAUAAAAUGUUUGUACGCAAAAAUAA